AUGAGACGUCGAAGAUUCCCAGCGCAACCCCUUGAUAUUGGACAACUUGCAGUGGCACUGAAUGAAGCACCAAAUGCCAUUUACACUCUUACAGUUCAAAAUCCUCCAUCUAGGUUCUUUCAACAAGCAUUGGUCGUCAAUGGAAGGAGUGUUGGUGUGAUCUUUGCGAACAUGGAUGCAGUCAACAAAUACAGAGAAGAAUUGGCCACUGUGACAUUGGUUGGGAUUGAUGGGACGUUCAAGACUGUGCCUCGUGUUCCAGCAGAUUUGAAAUGUCUCCUUACUAUCCAGGUGGUUUUCAAAAGUGUAUCCUUUCCAAUGGUCUAUGCUCUACUGGGGAGCAUGACUGAAGAAGUCUAUGCGGCUCUGUUUGAUAUUGUAAGAAAUAUUUUACCUUUGAAUUAUCAACGUAUUUGUUUUAUUACAGAUUAUGAAAAAGCUCUGAUGUCAGCCGUUCAACAAUCAUUUCCGGAAAGCCAAUUGAGAUGUUGUUGGUUCCAUUUUACUCAGUCAAUUGUACGGUAUUGUCACCGAAGGAUGAACAGUGUUUGUAAUUUAAUCCGUACGAACCCAGUAGCUGCUCGAGUUCUCAGAAUGGUUUUGGCAUUACCUCACCUACCCGCAACCAGGAAUGACCCGCGCUGUCCAUUUUCCAUGGAGGAUGGUUUCGAUGCCAUCAUGGACUACACAAGACAAUUUCCUCCAAUUGAACAAGGCAUGAGAAACUUUCUAAUUGGGUAUGUGCAAUAUUUUUGGUUGUUACAGGUCGGCCCAGGUUUAAUCAGUUGUUUUGGAGAAGAAUAUAGAACCAACAACUACUUGGAGUCUUUCCAUUCUACACUUCUAACCCAAAUGCAAAGACAUCCCAAUAUAUGGAAUUUUAUUCAAAAACUGACUGUCCUUGAAAAUCAGUAUUUCGUUGAAUUUGAUCAAGCCAGAAGAAACCUAAGGAUUAGAGAUCAAGCAUCAUGGAGGGAACGAGAGAACACUACCACUGUGUUAGCAGGUUAUGUGCAACAACUCAACAGAGAUGAAGACCUCACAGGAUUUUUGAGAAGGGCUGGACACCGCAAUGAUGGAUACGUACAAGGCAUAAUCGGACCAUAUCCACAAGAUCAGUAA